AUGGGAGAUUAUUCGAUAGAGGCUUUAAUCCAGCGGGUAGAGGAUUACGAAAAAAUGAGCGAGGUACAUACGCUUCGCGCGAUCCACUUGGAAAAUGCCGAAUUGGAGCGCAAAAUAACAACUUAUCAAAAACAAUGGUGCUGCAUCAUAGAGCUUGUGGGUCAGACCCAGAAAAUUGUCAAGGAGCUCCAAUUGGCAAUCCAGCAGUGCAUCGAGGAACGGGUUGCUGCGGAAAUAAACCUGCUAUCGUUCUGGGGCAUUGAGAGGACGCCAUCCGGGCCAAAAAAAGUCCGAACGGGAAGUUGGGUCUAG